GACCUUCGGGCGCAUGCGCAGUACUGGUUGCUGAGUCCCCGAGAGGUGUCGUUGGGCACCGGCUGGAAAAGAGCGCCCUUUACGAUCUACCGCCCAGCUGCUGAGGCAGUGUCACCAUAACAAUCCUGUACGGCGCCGUAUGCAGAGCUCAGGGACGGUGCCUGAUGUCGUUCCCGCCUGUAGACAACUUGCUCACUUCCUGGAGGUAAUGCAGACAGGAGCUGGGAGCGCACAGUUUCAAAUCUGAUGGUUGUCGUCUAAGUGUCACGUCAGCCGGUGAUCCCAGGCUGGCAGAUCUCUCUCCACAUUGUCUAUGUCUUGCUGUGUUGCAGGCCAUGAAGACUGACUAGAGACCUCCUAGAAGGAUAUGUCUUACCGAUGUUUUCAGAAUCUUUGGAGGUCCUCAUUAGAUAUUAAGCAUGAGUGUGGUGUCUGCAGAGGUGAACAGUGCUCUACCGGAUGAGAUCAUGGAGACGGGCAUGUCCGUAGUGGACGAAGACAGCAUUGAAGCCAUCACCGUCACCUCUCCCAUGGCCGAAGAAGUGCCCAUGGAAACCGACCUGGAAGAAAUCGUGGAAGUGAGCAGCAGUGGAGAAUGCAUUGCUACGUCCUUGGUUAAGGAAGCCUUUACCAGCUCCAGUAAUCAUGGCAGUCACCUGACGGCGGUGGUAAGCGUGGCGUCGAAGCCCAGUCCUGGACCAUCGGCCGCUGCCAUGAAGACUGUCCUGCAGAGCGGCAUACACAAGUUGGGGACCCCUCUGUCUGGGCAAGUGAUCCUUAACAAGGCGUCUGAGCUGACGGCCGGCGGUCGGAUGAUAACACAGGAGAAGGUGUAUUUGACGACUCUGGGGAAAGGAAGCAAUCCGAUUGUCUUCAUUCCACAGAACGCAGUGUCGGCCACGCAAAAAGGAGCACAAGGCCAGCUGGUGGAUUCAAAAGGGACACCGCAGCAGAUCAAGCUGGUCACUAUAGGAGGUCAAGGUGGCAUGUCUUCAUUGACGUCCUCACAGCUGCUCAGUACUGCUGCCAAGUCUUCCCUUCAGGGCCAGCAGAUCCAGAAUGUGCAGAUUGCCAAGAAAGUUCCUUUGUCAACAUCAUCUGGUGCAGUUAUCACCAAGCUGAUCAUUGCAAAACCAUCUAACAGUAAACCCAUUGGUUCUGGACAGACUACUCAAUCAACUUCAGUAUUUACAGGCAGGGUGCUUACUCAUUGUAAUUCUGGAGGUGCAACCAAAGCCAUCACAAUUACUGAAAGCGGAGGAGUCGUUGGGACAUCUGUGGAGUCUUCCGCUCCGACAUCCAACAAAAUUGCUAUAUCACCUCUAAAAUCUCCUCCUACAAAGGUAACAGUGGUGUCUGUCGGCUCACAGCACGCUAAUUCUCCUCAGAAAACAGUUGGAGUUCCGAUAAGUGUAGCUCUUGGCCAGCAGCUUUUGACUGUACAGUCGGCAAGUUCCUCUUCGCCUGUCAAGACUGUCACUAAUAGCACAACUGCUCAGAACAUGAAACCAACAGUACAGACUAUAGCAGUCAGUGGGGUCAGCGCCCCUCAGUUUAAGACAAUUAUACCACUUGCAGCCGCCCCUAACGUACAACAAAUUCAGGUCCCUGGAAGCAAGUUUCAUUAUGUCCGCCUUGUGACCACCUCUACUGCAAACAGCUCGACGCCCUCCACACAUAGCACCAGCACGCAGCCUCUCCAGCAAGCUAAACCAAUGGUGGUGAAUGCAACUCCUGUACGGAUGUCUGUUCCCAUUGUUCCAGCACAGGCUGUAAAACAGGUAGCGCCAAAGCCAGUAAAUGCACCUAUAGUGACUACAAGCCAACCACAGCAGCGACUGCUUAUGCCUGCCACACCUCUCACACAGAUUCAACCAAACCUCACAAAUCUUCCAGUCCUGACCCCUGCUCCAGGCACAGGAAAUUUGGGUUAUGCCGUCCUCCCUGCUCAGUAUGUUACCCAGUUUCAGCAGUCGUCUUACGUAUCUAUUGCAAGCAAUGCAGGAAUGUCUGGAACCCAAGGUUCACAGAAUCAGACGAGGCUACCACUGAAUGGCAUAAUGUCUUCUGACGCAGCAAGUCGCCCAAGAAAGCCAUGCAACUGCACAAAGUCGUUAUGCUUAAAAUUAUAUUGUGACUGUUUUGCCAACGGAGAGUUUUGCAACAACUGCAAUUGCACAAACUGUUACAACAAUCUGGAGCAUGAAAAUGAGCGGCAAAAAGCUAUCAAGGCGUGUUUAGACAGAAAUCCAGAAGCGUUUAAACCAAAAAUUGGCAAAGGAAAGGAAGGAGAAUCUGACCGACGACAUAGUAAAGGCUGCAAUUGCAAACGGUCGGGAUGCUUAAAGAACUACUGUGAAUGCUACGAGGCUAAAAUUAUGUGCUCCUCAAUAUGCAAGUGCAUAGGUUGCAAAAAUUUUGAGGAGAGCCCAGAGCGCAAGACUCUAAUGCACCUAGCUGAUGCCGCAGAAGUGAGGGUGCAACAGCAAACCGCAGCCAAAACAAAAUUGUCUUCUCAGAUCUCUGACUUGCUCACAAGACCAGCGCCAUCACUUACAAGUGGAGGAGGAAAGUUACCGUUCACAUUUGUCACAAAGGAAGUUGCUGAGGCUACAUGUGCAUGUUUAUUGGCCCAGGCUGAAGAAGGAGAAAAAUUCUCAUAUUCCAAAUCUGCCACAGAGCGGAUGAUCUUAGAGGAGUUUGGCCGCUGCUUGAUGAGGGUAAUUAACUCUGCAGGAAAAGCAAAAAGUGACCCUUGUUCUAUGAGCUGUUGAACAUAAGGCCUGGGGACUAGCACGAGUGACCAGUUACUGUGGCUACGAAAUGAAGAGCGCGGAGCGUAUGCCACAACUACUAACGUGCAUACACAGACGAGUCCUAAUGCCCAGGCAGUGACCGGCUAAAUGUAAUAUAGCAACAUAAAAAUGGAUUUUAUGAGAAGCAGUACUUUUUAAGUCUUGAAGUUGAUUUUUUUUCCCUCUCUUCGAACCCUGUACAGAUGACGACGCCCCACUGGUGAAUCCAGAAUCCUUUCUCAUUUUCCCUGUCGUGUUCCUAAUUUGAUUAAUUAUUUUUAAGGUUUUCAUUCACCGCCUUCUAAUAGACAACCUUUAUUUCUUUCAGUCUGAAAUGGUAAGUUCAAAAAUGCUGUGCUCUCGGAAACGCUUCGACAACAUAUUAAUGGACUUUAUUAUUUUUUU